GAGCAUCUCUUCCCCAGCCCGGCUGAGGUGACGCUAUAUCGCUGACUGGCUGCCUCCGGAUCGGGCACUUGACAGCAGAGAUUCGAGGUCGUUUCGCAGCACGCUGGGAGUCCAUGUAAUUCCCCCUCCCUCCCUCAGCCACAAAAACUUCAUCCCCUCAGUCCUACCUGGAUACAGCUCCAGUCUCACCCAAGCAAAGACGCGAGUCGGACGUGGCCGUAAGGAAGAGGACACGAAUAUGAUCUUCAAGCAGCACUUGUUCUUCAUGCUCUACAGCGCAUGUGGACUUGUCAUCAAAGAGGCCGCAACGAAAAACAAAGUGAAAGGUGGCCAGGUGCCCAUCACCCAGAAUGUGACGGUGGUGGAGGGGGGCUCGGCCAACAUGACGUGCCGGGUGGAUUACAAUGAUAACACCUCCCUCCAGUGGUCAAACCCAGCACAGCAGACCCUCUUCUUCGGGGACAAGAAAGCUCUGAGAGACAACAGGAUCGAGUUGGUGCGCGCGUCCUGGAAGGAGUUGACCAUCACCAUCCAUGAGGUGGCCCUGUCGGAUGAGGGGCUGUACACAUGCUCGCUCUUCACCAUGCCCGUCAAGACCUCCAAGGCUUACCUCACCGUGCUGGGAGUGCCAGAGAAACCCCAGAUCACUGGCUUCACCGCGCCAGCUCAGGAGGGAGACCACGUCACCCUGACGUGCACCACCUCCGGAAGCAAGCCCGCCGCCGACAUGCGAUGGUUCCGUAAUGACAAGGAGAUCCAAGGCAUGACGGAGGUGAAUGCGACGGGCAGGUCCUUCACGGUGCGCAGUACUCUUGAGUUCCUGGUGGACCGCAGUGAGGAUGGCGUGGCGUACACCUGCAGCGUAGACCACGAGGCCCUGCCCUCCACCCCACAGCAGGUCACCGAGGUCCUGGAGGUCUAUUAUGCACCGCGUGUGGAGAUCCUUCAGUCUCUCAUAUUCCCUCAGGAAGGACAGUACUUUAAGCUGGAGUGCGACUCCAAAGGCAACCCAUUACCAGCGCCUGUGAUCUGGACAAAAGAUGGUGGGGACCUUCCUGACAUGGAUCGCAUGAUAGUGGAAGGCAAAGAGCUGAUCAUCACGUCACUGAAUCAGACCGACAACGGCACAUACCGCUGCGAAGCCAGCAACUCGCUCGGGACGGACAUUGCAGAGUAUAAGCUGUUUGUAUAUGCUAAAGACUUACCAGGUGCCACAACAGACCCCAACGCGCUGGCGCAGCACAGCCCGGACCACGCGCUGAUCGGGGGCGUGGUGGCCGUGGUGGUCUUCAUCACCCUCUGCUUCAUCAUCGUCCUGGGCCGCUACCUGGCCCGGCAUAAAGAUAUUACCAGGAAGAGGCAAGAAAUGUGGUUCAUCUCAAGUCGGAAAACCUUGGCUUUGCCAAUAAUUACGCUUUAAGAGAAGAAUAUGUAAAAUGCAUUAAUGUUCUGAAUGUGAAUCACAUGUAUGUUUAAUGUGUUUUUCGUUAUUAUUAACAUUAUUACCAUUAUUAUAUUAUCAUUAUUAUUAUCAUUAUUAUUAUUAUUUCAAAUGUUACAUUGUGGCAUUGUACUCAGAGUGUACAUCAAGUGGAGAGAAUGGAAAAUUGUUGUACAUAAAUGGACACCAAAUAAUGCUUACAUGAAAAAAAGAGCAAAGGAAAAAAAAAACGUUAAGCACAAUUAAAUUAAUAAGUGUUACGUAGUGAAAUUAUACAUUGAGAAUUCCUUUUAAAAAGAUUUUAGAAAGUAUUUUAUUUCCAUGUUCCAUCAUCCCUGUCUGUAUAUUAUCGCACUGAUGAGUUUAUUAUGCCUUUUGCCCUUUCUCCAAAACUAUCUGAACAUAAAAAGCACAAAGUAGAAAAAAAGGUACACAUUGUCAGACAGUCAGUCUCAGGAUUACAACUGAGUGAAGUUCUGUUCUCUUUUCUUUCUUAUUUAAACAAAUGAACUUCCCGUUGGACUCUGUAACUUUUGACCGAUUAUGAAGAAUGAGAAAUCAAAAAUGUAAAAAAAAAAAAAAAGAAAAAGAGAAAAAAAAGAAAAGAAAAAAAACUUUUCAUGUUCAUACCUUUAAACAUAUCAAGUGGAAAAAAUAUAGUGUGGAAAAAGUUGUUUUGUUUACAGUAUUUAAGCCCCCCCUUGUUAAUACUGCUGUACAUUAUUUUGCUAACGUGAUAAUGGUGAAAAAAUAUUGUUCCAAUAUGGGUCCCACAUGUAUUAAGAUUUGUAUAUUAGACAAUAUAGCUAUUUAAAGUGUUCCAUACAUCUUUUCAAUUUCACAUUCACAAGGAGCAAGUGGUUUAACACACGGCAUGUACAUACUGUGUAACUAUUAAAUUCAGUCAAACAUGUAGAUCGAUUGUUGCUUUGCUUAUGUUUUCUUUCCAUGAUUUACAAAAAUUACCGAUUGAAAUUUUGAAAUUGUCAGUAGAUUUAGCCUGAGUAAGGAAAUAUGCCAACAAAUGAGUACUGAAUUACUAUUAUUGUUAUUAUUAUUAUUAUGAUUAUUAUUAUUUGUAAGAUAUAUAUCAGUACACCAAUCACCAUUAUUGCCUUUGUGUUGAUAGCAGAACUCCUCUGACCUCCCCACUCAUGGGGCGGCCAGUCUAGCCCUUUUUGCAUCUCUCAUUGAUACAUAUUGAUCCUGUUGAUAGCCUAUACUACACACAUCGCUCCUAUAGGUCAGUCCUCUUCUGACACAGUUUUCUACAACAUUUGCUUUUUUGCUGUCUUGUUUUGCUUCUUCUUUUGUUUUUGGGACAAAUUGUGAAAGGUUUGCUUUUUUGUUUUGUUUUUCCAAGUUAUUAAAUAUAUCCAUUUUUCAAACAAUGCCUCUCUCUGUAAGAAAAGGGAAAAGUGAGGAAGUGAGUAAAAUAUG